AUGACCAACAAUCUAGAACGAAAUGCUCUCGCUUUCCUGCUCAGUGUGGCAAAGACUGAGAUCACCACGAAAGCCACUUUCCCAGCCAGCAAGGAGCUAACCACCUCCUUCUCCCACUUCUUGGGCAGGUUCUUCACCAGCGAGGCCGAAUACCCUCAAACACGCCAGCAGCACCCGCGAAAUAGUCCCCAUGGUCCGCCGCAGCAUCCCCAACAGCUGGAACAUCCACCCGGAGCACGCCGCCCUGACAAAGCACACUCAGAACCUCAGGUCGACAAGAAGGCGGGUGCGCCGUUGGUGCGGACGGCGUCGCUGGCCGAGAUGGGACCCGGCCAAGACCGCGUCUUUCCCUCUCCUCACGUCCGCGAAGCUGGUGCAGAUGCGCAAGUUGUUGUAUGA